UUCCUCUUACUUCCCCUCAUAUUUACAUUUCAUUUCAUAACAUUUUUAUUCAAAAAAAACCAACAAAAUUAUUACCUCAUACAAAAACAAAUUACUCGUAUUUCUUAGCUCUCAAAAGUCAAAACAUUAAUCUUUUACAUUAAUCCCUUUUAUUUUUGUUGAAAAUGUGUGGAGGUGCAAUAUUAGCUGAUUUAAUCCCACGAAAUAAGGGCAGAUUUAAUUCUGGUUCAGAUUUCUGGCCUAGUAAUUUCAUCUCAACUUCAUCAGACAACUUCACCAAACAAGUUUCCUAUCGUCCUCCUAAAAGGCCACUUUCCUCCUCUUCAGGUGGCAGUGUGCAACAAGAAAAGCGGCCGAAAAAACAGAGGAAGACCCAAUACAGGGGAAUUCGACAACGACCAUGGGGUAAAUGGGCAGCGGAAAUUCGCGACCCUAGAAAAGGCGUUCGUGUUUGGCUUGGUACUUUCAACACUCCUGAAGAAGCUGCUCGUGCUUACGAUAAAGAAGCUCGAAAAAUCCGUGGUAAAAAAGCUAAGGUUAAUUUCCCUAAUGAAGAUGAACAACAUCUUACUAACAACGUUCCGCUAAACAACUACGAUUACAACUACAAUCCUCGCUCUUUUCAAACUCAGCAACAACAACAGUUUAACAACUGUGUUUCUGAAAGCCAAACAAUCGAUUACAUGUCGUUCGAUUACUUGAACGGAAACCAGCAGUUUUCGUCAGAUGGGUUGGAAUCAAGUAUAGAGAGAUCAACUGGGUAUGGUUUAGAAUCUGCUUACAAUGCUUCAAAUUUGGUAUCAAAUACGACAACGCUUGAUUCGGAUGAAGUUGUGCCGGUGCCGAAAGCGGAGAUUGCGGUGGUGGGAGAGGAGGAGGAGAAUGAAGUGCAAAAGUUGUCUGAAGAGUUAAUGGCUUAUGAAAAUUACAUGAAAUUUUAUGAAAUUCCAUAUUUGGAUGGUCAAUCUGCGACUGUUCAGCCGUCGUUGGGUGGUUGUCAAGAGGGAAAUGCUACUUUGGAGCUUUGGAAUUUUGAUGAUGAUGCUACUGUUCUCUCUGCUGCUUCUACUUGAACAUUUGAUUAUUUAAUUUUGUGUUAAGGAUGAUAAUUAUUGCCUUGUAAUUGUAAUUAUCUGAUUUUAAUAAGUGAUUUAACUUUUAUUUGUGAAAUUUAAUUGAAAAGAAAAUUGUAAUUUUCCUUUUUUGUUGGUAGUUUUAGUCUACUAGACUACUAUGAUGUAUUGUUUCAACUUUUAAGGUUUAAAAUUUCUGUAAUCGAAGUGUUUUCUACUCCCUCUUUUA